AUGGGUGAUAUUUUUAAUUUCACUACGGCUCCAUCAGUCAGGCUUAUCAUUAAAGCUGGUGAAUUGAAGAAUCGAGAUUUAUUUAGUAAAAGUGAUCCAUUAUGUGUUGUUUACAAAUUAAAACAUUCACUCGAUACAGGAGAAAGCUGGGUAGAGAUUGGACGAACAGAGAUGAUUCGAAACUGUUUAAAUCCAGAGUGGUCGGAAGAAAUUGAGUUGGAAUACAUGUUUGAGGAAAAACAGAAUUUGCGAUUUGACAUAUAUGACAUUGACUGUGAAAAAAAACCUUUGAGCCAGCAAGAUUUUCUUGGUCGAAUGGAAUGCGACUUAGCGGAGAUUGUUUCGAUUGAAGUCUUUCAGAAGUCACUUAGUGGAUUGAAGAAGAAUAGCGGAUUCAUCAUGGUUCGAAGUGUAGAAGUGCAACAGGGUGCCCGGGAAAUUUUGGAAUUCUUUGUCAAAGGAGAAAACUUAGAUAAAAAAGAUCUUUUUGGAAAAAGUGAUCCAUAUUUAGAAGUAUAUCGAUUCAAUAAGGAUGGAACUAAAAGUCUCGUUCAUCGAACUGAAUAUGUAAGGAAGACGUUGAAUCCAACAUGGAGGCCAUUCCGACUUGAUAUGCAAGCUUUGUGCUUCGGAGAUAAGACAAGAAACGUUAGCAUUGUCUGUUGGGAUAACAACGAUGGCAAAUCUGCCAAACCUGAUCUGAUUGGAGAAUAUGUGACGAGCGUCAAUCAUCUGUUGGAGCCUUCAACUCGGAUAAAACUUGUAAAUGGAAAGAAAAAAGAGAAAAAGGGUAAAAAAUAUGAACAUUCCGGAAUUUUGUUGUUUAAUAUCAAAUGUCAUAUGGAAUAUAGCUUUCUUAAUUAUAUAAAUGGCGGUACCCAAUUGGAUUUCGCAGUUGCCAUAGACUUUACGGCAUCAAAUGGCAAUGUUGAAGAGCCAUCAUCACUUCAUUUUAUUGGAAUUAAUGUUCCCAAUCAAUACGAAACAGCUAUCAGAGCUGUGUUGGAAAUUUGUCAAUUCUAUAAUAACAGUCGAAUAUUCGAUGCUUUCGGUUUCGGAGCCAUCGUUCCACCUCGGCUGGAGAACACUGAACUAUUUGAUGUUAAAAAUCCAAAGGCGACUGUGAUUGAUCCGGCUGUUGUCGGAGUUGAUGGAGUCAUGGAUGCUUAUCGUGGAUGUUUAAGGAAAGUCCAUCUGUUUGGACCAACUAACUUCGCACCCAUCAUUCAAGGAAUCACAGAAAGAUUUCAAGAGAAGCUGAAUAUUCCCGGUUCUCGAUAUCAGAUUCUUCUCAUCAUAACAGAUGGAGCCAUUUCCGAUUUAGAGAAUACAAAGAGAGAAAUCAUAAAAGCAUCGAAGUUACCGCUUUCAAUCAUAAUUAUCGGGGUUGGUCAAGCAGAUUUUGAGGCGAUGGAUGAGUUGGACGGGGAUGACAACUUGAUAAACAUUGAUGGAGUCUAUGCUCAGAGAGAUAUAGUUCAAUUUGUACCGAUGAAAAAGUUUUUAAAAAAUGGUCUUUUACAAAAUCAUCGACAUGUCAUGGCUACAUUAGCUAAGGAAGUGCUAGCAGAGGUUCCUACUCAGUUAAGCUCUUACAUGAAAAGUAAAAGAAUAGCACCCCGGCCGGUCAAUGAUCCGUUUCCGAAGGAUGCUCCCGCAGUUGAAACACGAAGAAACAAAAAUCAGCAUUAUUACGAGUCUACAAAGCAAAGCUCGUUGUACGCUAUCAAUACCAGAAGAAUUCCAACAGCACCUCCACUUGAAUGA